AUGGCCGCUGAUCCAACCUGGACCCAAACUCCGUGCGACUCGGUCGAUUCUGUCAUGACCGACAUCAUGGUCGACUCGUACUCACCGGAAAUGGAAGAGCGCCAUUAUCGACGGAAAACUUCGGGUCACUACGAUGCCGGCUUCAGGCAUCAACAAUACAGCGUGCAAGGGUCCACUUCUACACCCAGUUCUGUAGGACCGUCCAGUGGAAGUUCGUCGCCUUUGGACAACUGUGUACAACAUGUAAGAUUGUUUACAGGUUUUUAGGUCACAAUCACUUAAAAUUAUGUAUUUUUUCAAAAAUUUUAAUAAAAAACAAUAAUUUUUUAAAACGAUGUGUUUCAGUCCAACGAUUUCUGUAAUUUCACCUCAAGUUUCGACCCGUCAGAUUGCUCAUGGUCGGAGAAGUCCUUUGUCAACGACACCCAAUACUACACUAGCCCAGCCUUCAACGAGAAUCCAACCCUAAAAAGGCCUUACAGUUCACAUCCACCUUCCCACUACAGCAUCCAUACCGUAGUGGCCGAACCGUUCGAGGUAAUGCGAUCUACCUCACCUUUUACUACCGUAAAUUACCAAGAAAGCAAUGUAAAUACCGAACCUGUACCUAAAAAGAAGAAGGAAACUGCACCAUCUGGUACCAAAAGGAAGGUUAAGAAGGUUGAAGUCAAAGGAGAGGUCGUGCUACCUUCCAAGCCUCAGGGAAAAUCCAUCGUUUCGGCGAUUACAAAGCGACGCUUAAAGGUUAGCUUUCGUUGUAAUGUUGAGAUUUUGAAAUUUUGACUAAAACAAUGUGAAUUUCUUAUCAAAAAGCCUAAAGAUAGCUCUUUUUUGAUUAAAAAAAUGAUCAGUUCGUCGUUAUAUCAGGUGUAAUUUAAAUUCUUCUAGAUUCGCAAGAUGAACAAAGAUGACGCUACCGAAGACUUCAAACUACCGUUAUCCGAACUGACCGUAGAAGACCUCAAAGUAAUCUGCCGCAAGCACAACUUUGCCAUCUCAGGGACAAAAGCCGACCUCUUCAGAAGACUUCAGCCGAUCGAAGAUCAACUCGACAUCGAAGGGAUUCUGAUGGAAGCCAUCAACGACGAAGAGAACAACGCUUCAGAAGAGGUCAAAGAAGCUCCUGUUGUCAAGGAGAAGACCAACAAGUUCGACGUCGCCAUCUCCGACUACCUGAUGCAGAACCAGAAGCAGAUCGAGAGCAAGAAGACCAGCUCAUGUUCAAGUUGCAGUUGUGCUGGCUCGUCGACCACCAAGACAUUCCUUCUUAACAACAAGUCGAAUGGGCCUCAAAUGCUUCACAGUGUCAUUAAACUACCACCGCCGAAUAAUGGGGCCACUUUCAGCUACGCCGAAAUGGGAUCCGGAGGGCAGGUAAGCCAUGUUUUAUGGAUGGUUUUAGGGCUUUACGUGAAAGAUUUGGGAAAAAAGUUGAUUAAAAGUAAAAUUUAACUAUCUUUUAAUAAAAGAUUUGUUUUUCAAAACUCGUUUUUUGUCUAAAAUACUGAACUUUUUCAAAAAUUAAAGUUUUUCUUAACAUAUCUAACAAAAACACUUAAAAUUCCAUAAAUUUUGGCCGAAAUUACCAUUUUAUUACUCCCCCCCCCCCCUCUGCAAGCGGUUGUUUAUACAGUAGGGCGUUAUUACUUUUUUGCUUAUUCUUUUUUCGAGUUUGGAAUUUGAUAAAUAUACUUGCCUGAGGCGGAAAAAGACAACUACUCACACCUGUCGAGAAGGGCCUCUAAAUAACGCCGGAAAUGACCUGAGGGGGGUAAAACGAAAGGGAUGUGUUGAUGACGCUCAUGAAUUCCCAACUUCAUGAAGAUUUCGAACGGAAAUAACAAUUGGCCUUUAAUCUCGGCCCAAAUCCAUCACCUCCACCAAGACGGAUCACUUAAACUGUGUUCUCUACUUUCUUGAUCUUUAAACAGUGCAAAGGAUCGAAAUACUGGAAAAUAUGUGAAACAGCUCAAGAAACCUGCCUUUUAAAAACUUCAUAAAACAAAAAAAAUCAUGAAAUUAAAAUAUAGGGCGCAGUUAUCAAUAUUAAAGACAUUUUAUACGACAAAACAGUUUUAAAACCAGAUAAAAAUAAUUUUUGUCUCUCUGAAUUGUGGCUUCUCAAUUGUUUGUUUUUAGUUCACUCUCGAAUCGUGUGCUGAUCUGAACACAACACAAUAUGUUCACGCCACUGUAUCUCGGCUAGAAUGCAGCAAAUGUGAGGACGAAUGUAAACUGACUGACGCCAAAUGUAAAACAGAAGACUUGAAAGGAAUUGUCAAAGCGUUACCUCAAACAAAGGACCUCAGCGACAAACCUUUGUAAGUUUAUCUUAUGAUUGAAAUUAACUUAUAAACCUUAUUGUUAUAGGUUUUUUGUUGAAAGUAGGUUUAUAUUGGUCUGAAUUCGGUUGUAACUUUUGUUUUUGAAUACUUUAUUGGUCGGAAGCGAGAAUUCAUUGCCAUUUAUCACUCUCACCUCCUGUUAAUGAUCUUUUGUUUCACUUUUAACUAAUUAUUCUUUAAUUUACUUGUAUUUGCACCUAUUUUUCAACCAAAACAAUGUAAAGGCCAUUGAACCAUCAAUCUAAAUUAAUAUCACAAAUUCCAAAUAACAUAAUUAAUCCUGGCUAAACUAUUUCAGAGUGACCGCUCAGAUGCUGAGUCAGCACGAGAAAUUGAUUGGCCUACAGCAGAAGAAGAUCCAGGACCUUGUUCAGGCCAUCCAACACUCCCAGAAAGUACUAUAUUGUCAACAAAAACUGCUGGAAACUGCAAAGAAAUGCACGGUUUGUUUUUUUUGCCAUUAAACAGUUGGUUUUAGAAGAUCGACCCGAUCGAGUCGCUUCAAGACAAUGAGAAACACCACCUUCAGCAGAGUGCAGGCCUCAAGAAUCUGCAGUCGGCCGAACAGGUAAGACAACAGCUAUGUCAAUGUCAAGUUUAAACCUAUUUUAAACAAAACUACAUCAAUAUUACCAGGAAAACGGUUUUUGAAACGUUUUUUUGACACUUUUCAUAAAAAAAUGUUUUGAGAAAUUUGAGAAACUAAAACAACAUCAAGUACUUCUAAACAAAUACAUCAAUUUGAGCGAUUUGUAAACCUUUCAUAAGUUGUUUAUCAACAAGUUCAAGGAAAUACAUCGAAAGUUUGAUCGCGUUCAUCAUUUUCUGCAAUGAUAUAGUGUUAUAUGACUAGUUGAACACAAAAUAGGAUGUAAAGUUAUUAAAAAAUUAAAAUUUUAAUAUGAAGUUUAGCUCAAGAGUACUAUUUUAAAAAUUACAGAAACUGUCAGCGAAUCAACGUAAACUGACCCAAAAAGAAUUCGAGAUCCAAGAAGAGAUUCACGUUGGCCAAGCAGUAGAAGAUGUUAUACGAUUGAUUAAAACUAACCGCAAGACAGCUCUUCUGAUCGUCCAGUUGAUCCACAAGUUCCAAUGUGAUCGAAUGAAAGAAGUUAAGGAAGUGCCUAAGGUUGUUAAGCCUAAAGAAGAUUGUAAAUGUCCGAAAUCAGAAGCCGAACGAAGCGAUCAUGAAGUUGUUGUACUUGACGAAUCAGAAGAUGAUAACGCUAAAGAAACCGAGAAAAAGAAGAAGAUCAAGAGCCAGAAGCCGAAGAAACAGAAGCCGGCUGUCAAGAAGCCUGCUAAUAAGGACAAGAACUUUGCCGCGGUGAUGGAGGACAUCUUCCAGACGGUAAUCAGUGACAAUGGCAUCGCUGAAUGUGAAGACAAGAAGGCUGAGUUCGAAGACGGUUCUGAAGCUACAGUAACCUCUACUGAGUCUCAGCCUUACUCUGUUCAGCCGAUUUCUUCUACCGACUAUCAACCAGUCUACUGUAAUGUAAAGGACACUUUUGAACCAGUAGCAGCAUACCAAGAAGACGUUAAAGUGUACCAUUAUGACCAGUACCCUCAGAACGUGUCCAACUCUCAAGAAUAUGCUACACAGCCAGUUAUCAUGUACAACAACUACGAAUAUGUUCCUUCUAAUGCUGUUCAAGUACAUCAACCUCCAGUUGUGCAUCCACCACGAUCUCAUCCACCUCCAGAAUCCCACUACAACAGCUAUGAGAAGGACGCGUACUUGAUCAAGCUGGCGGAGAAGAGGAGGACCUUAUGUGAACAGUUGGAGCAGAUAGAGAUGCAGGAACGGGAGAUGAGCAACCCUUUCGGGGAGUACGUUCACCCUUCAGAAGACCUUCACCAUCAGAAUCCGGAUGAUCUACACACCCUUAACGAUUUUUGUGUGUACGACUUUGAGAGCGGGCAGACAUCCGACUUUGACGACAUUAUGGAUCUGAUUAAGAACGGCGAGAGUAAGUACUAUAAUAUCAGAAACAUGUGUUUUCAUGUCCAUGACAAGUCUAUUUAUUAUGGGCUUGAGAAGUCUGGGUUUAGUAGUUCUAUAAAGAUUAUGUAUUGACUUUAUAUAAAAAAUGGUGAUAUUGAUAUUAAGUUACACUAUGAAAAGUAAUUCGUGUAAUGAUUGUACUAUUUUUUUUAAAAUUCAAAAGACAAUGUUUGAUGUAGCAAAGCUAAUGAAUCUGUUUUUUUAGAAAAUAAAGCAUCAGUCAAUGAUACGGAGUGUGUUCAAGCUACCAAUGCCAUAUACCAAGACUUAAUGUUGACCGACAAUCAGUUCCAGGCUUUUACUCCGAUGCCUGAAGUCAGUAUGUAA